CAGCGCUCCGAUGCAGUGCAAGGACAGUCGGUGGGGUUGGGUGCCCGCCAUGAGACCUGCGCUGCUUGGACGCGGUGCAAGAGGGUGAUGGUGGCGGGAGGAGAAAGGGAGGCAGCGAGGGCGAGCAGAGCAAAGCUGUUCGUGCGGCAGUUCCCGACGCGUAUUUCUGUCACCGUAGAUCGCGGCGAACGUGUAUACAACGCCUCCCCCACGACGACCCCGCUUGCUUCGUUCCUUCAUCUCUGCCACCAGUACACCCGCAUCUAAUUCCCCUCACCACCCAUCACCACCAUGCCCUCCUACGAUUCCACUCUCAAGCGCUAUGAGGCCGCCGGACAGGGCCAUCUGCUCCAGUUCUGGCCGAAGCUGUCCGAGUCGGAGCGCGCAUCUCUCCUCGCGCAACUCGACGCCCUCGACAUCGAUCGCGUGAACAGGAUCUACACGAGGGCAGUCAGCUCUGAGAAGGACAAGGCGGAGAACGCGGGCAAGGAUGCCAUCGAACCCCUGCCCGAGGACGCGGCUGACAGCGUAAUCGGCGACCCCGCAAAGGAGAAGGAGUGGCGGAGCAUAGGCCUGAAGGCUAUCGCGCAUGGCCAGGUCGGUGUGCUGCUGAUGGCUGGUGGGCAGGGCACCCGAUUGGGCAGCAGUGCGCCGAAGGGCUGCUACGACAUCGGCCUGCCGUCGCACAAGUCGCUGUUCCAGUACCAGGCAGAGCGGAUCGCCCGCCUCCAAACGGUCGCCGCGCAAGAGAAUGGCAAGGCUUCCGGAUCGGUCGUGAUUCCCUGGUAUGUCAUGACCAGCGGACCUACUCGGCGGGAGACGGAGUCCUUCUUCAAGAAACACGACUACUUUGGGCUCUCCCCGAAGAACGUGGUAUUCUUCGAGCAGGGUACGCUGCCAUGCCUCACAACGGAAGGCAAGGUCAUCCUGGAGGACCCUUCGAAGAUCGCCGUAGCCCCGGAUGGCAACGGUGGCCUCUACGCUGCCCUCCGCAAGCCACUUUCCCCGUCCGACUCGCGCACGGUCCUCUCGGAUCUCGGCGCACGCAAGGUGCAGUACAUCCACAGCUACUGCGUGGACAACUGCCUCGUCAAGGUCGCGGACCCCGUCUUCCUCGGGUACUGCAUCCAGAAGCAGGCCGACUGCGCCGCGAAGGUCGUGCCCAAGGCGUACCCGACCGAGUCCGUCGGCGUCGUCGCGCGGCAGGGCGACCGGUAUAGCGUGAUCGAAUACUCGGAGAUAUCAAAGGAGCAGGCGGAGCGGCGCGACCCCAAGACGGGCGAGCUCGCGUUCCGCGCGGCGAACAUCGUGAACCACUUCUACACGACCGCGUUCCUACACUCGACCGAGUCGAUCGAGGAGGAGCUCGCGCACCACAUCGCGCGCAAGAAGAUCCCGUAUGUGGACGAGCAGGGCCAGACCGUGAAGCCGACCAAGCCGAACGGCAUGAAGCUCGAGAUGUUCGUGUUCGAUGUGUUUCCGUUCACGAAGCACUUUGCCGUCCUCGAGGUCGCGCGGAACGAGGAGUUCAGCCCGCUCAAGAACGCACCUGGCACCGGCUCGGAUGACCCGGAGACGAGCCGCCGCGAUCUCAUCUCCCAGCACAAGCGUUUCCUCGAGCGUGUUAGCGCGACUGUCGCUGAGGGUGUCGAGAUCGAGAUUUCCCCGCUGGUCUCAUACGCUGGUGAAGGAUUGGAGACGGUUAAGGGGAAGAAGUUUACUCGUUCUGGCCUAGUCGAGGCUGUCGAAGAGCUGGACGCGCUUGUCUAAAGCAGAGAAAAGGUGACCUAGAACGCUCUCCCGGACGGACUUGUAC